CAGUUCGAGACAUCGUCAAGGAUUCGGAGUUCUUUUAAGAUGCCCGCUAAGCCGUCUUCAAGAGCCUGGGAUGGCAUUACGCCAUCUUUGUCCGAAUGGACACUUGACGCCGUGAGCUCAAUGGGCUUUACGCGCAUGACACCAGUCCAGGCCUCGGCCAUCCCUCUGUUUAUGCAACACAAGGAUGUCGUGGUGGAAGCUGUCACUGGAAGUGGAAAGACAUUGUCUUUCUUGAUUCCAAUUGUUGAAAAGCUAUUGCGUCUCGAUGAGCCUCUCAAGAAGCAUCAUGUUGGCGCUAUUAUCAUUUCUCCCACAAGAGAAUUGGCCACACAGAUCUACCAAGUUCUUCUCUCACUAUUGGAGUUCCACCCCGCCUCUGCCGUGGCCAACAAGCCUGCCGAAGAUGGUGCGCCUCGUCUGAAGUCCUCCUCAUCUAUUUUGAAGGUCAUUCCACAACUUCUCCUGGGUGGUGGCACCUCUCCGGCAGAGGAUCUGAGAUUGUUCCUCAAGAAUUCGCCUAAUGUCUUGGUUUCUACCCCGGGAAGACUGUUGGAGCUCCUUUCAUCGCCUCACGUGCACUGCCCCCAGUCCUCUUUCGAAAUGUUGGUCCUAGACGAGGCCGACAGACUUCUGGACCUUGGUUUCAAGGAAGAUUUGCAGAAGAUUCUUGGCAGAUUGCCUAAGCAGCGCAGGACGGGAUUGUUCAGUGCCAGUAUCAGUGAAGCUGUUGAUCAGAUUGUUCGUGUGGGUCUCCGCAAUCCAGUCAAAAUCGCCGUCAAGGUGAAGGGAGGCGCUGGUGUUGAGGAUAAGCGCACUCCAGCAAGUUUGCAAAUGACCUACCUGACUACACCUCCCCUUCACAAAUAUGCCAUCCUGAAGCACAUCCUUUCCACAGUUCAACCCACACCCCAGAAGACCAUCUUUUUCGUAUCGACAUGUUCAAGUGUCGACUAUCUCGCUGCUAUACUACCAAUAAUCCUGGGUGAUGAAUUCGUCCUGGUGCCGCUACAUGGGAAACAUCAGGCCAACGUCCGCCAAAAGAACUUUAAUCGCUUCAUCUCCGCUACCACUCCCGCCAUCCUCCUCACCACUGACGUUGCCUCCCGCGGUCUGGAUAUUCCAUCUGUUGAUCUAGUGGUCCAGAUUGACCCCCGCCGCGCUGGUCGUCGAGGCCUCAGCAUUGUUCUCAUCCACCCUGGGCGCGAGGAAGACUAUGUUUCUUUCUUAGAAAUCCGGAAAACUCCCGUUGCACCCUAUAAUCUGACUGAAUUCACCGACGAAGAGGCCAAGGCAGCUACGGAUAAAGUCCGCAGAGCCGUUCUCAAGGAUCGGGCCAUGCACGACAAGGGCCAAAAGGCAUUUGUCAGCUGGUUGCGCAGCUACAGCAAACACCAGGCUAGCAGCAUCUUCCGAGUCGCCGAUCUAGACUGGGAAGCCCUCGGCUUGGCCUGGGGUCUUCUGAAGCUCCCCAAGAUGCCCGAGUUGCGCACCUUCACUGGCGACAAAUCACUCGGCAUGAAGCUCGAUUGGGACAACUACACAUACAAAGACAAGCAACAAGAAAAGCGGCGCAAGGAAGCCAUGGCCGAGGCUGCCAAUGGCGAAGGCGGCGAGCAAGGCACCAAGCGCAAGCCUACUGAGAGUGUGGCUUGGAGUCAGAAAGCCGAGGAACGAGACAAGAAAUUCAAGAAGAAGGAGAUCAAGAGAAGUCGUAAGGAGCAGGAGAGAUGGGACCUACUGCCCGAGCAUGAGAAAAAGAAGGAGGAAGAGACACAGCGGAUGUUGGAGGCGAUUCGUACCAAGAACGAACAGGAGCGUCUUGCUCGCCAAGCUGAAAAGGCCAAUGAGAAGGCCACAGCCAAGGGCAACAAUGACGAGGAUGAAUUCAAGGGCUUUGAUUAG